CGUAUGUAUGUAGAUUUGUGAUUAUGGCUGGAAAUAAUUUAAGUCCUGAAAUUUGGAAAAAUUGGGAAAGAACAGGAAAAUCUGAAUUUUUAAAAUCAUGUAAACAAAUCAUUAAAAAUGAAGAAAAAAAUAAAGAUCAUAAGAAUUUAAUCACACGAUAUAUUUACGAAUUGGUUGUGAAUGGUAUUAAAGGAAUUAUCAGAAAGGAGAAUGUAGUUUCAGUUAUUGGUGAACUAUUGGCAUUGCACACAGAGAUUCCAGCUGUAAUAUUAGAUAUAUUAAGUGCUAUUGAUGCCGAAACAGCAUCAGAUACACAAACUGAUGAAAGAGUAGCAUUUUGUUUUAUUGUGAAAGAAUCUGAAAAGUACCUUUCGGAUAAAUUAGUGAAGGAACGUUUAGAAAUCGAUACAUUACAAGAUGUUGGAAUACUUAAAAAUAGAAAUUUUUACACAAAAUUCAUUAAAGUUAAGACGAAAUUGUAUUAUAAACAAAGAAAGUUUAAUUUAUUUCGCGAGGAAAGUGAAGGCUAUGCUAAACUGAGUGUUGAAUUAAAUCAAGAGCCAUGCGCAAGUGUUAAUGCUAGCAAUAUCCUUGAAAUCAUUAAGUCAUUAAUAGGUUGUUUUAAUUUAGAUCCAAACAGAGUAUUAGAUAUAAUAUUAGAAUCUUUUGAAACUCGACCUGAAAGGCAUGAGUUUUUUAUACCAUUAAUCAGAUCUUAUAUGAAUGAUCCAAAGAUUAUUUGCGAAGUAUUGGGUUUUAAAUAUUCCAUAUAUCAAACAACUUUAGAAGGUUCUACUCCACAAUCAUUGUACAAAGUUACUGCCCUAUUAUUACAACAUGGUAUUAUAGCUUUGGAUAACAUUUACUGUUGGCUUGUACCUGACGAUAAAGUGAUGCAAAAAGACUGGGACAAAGAAAUGCGUGAUGCAAAAGAAUAUUUUCGUAAAUUGCAAGUAAUAUCAAUUAAAGAAAAAGAUGAACCAUCAUCAGAGGAAAAAGAAGUACCUCAAGAUAAGUAUCAUUUGAAUCAGAAGUUUGGUUUGUGUCAAGCAUUAUUGGAAAUUGGUGAUUGGAAAACUGCUCAACAAAUGAUUAAAAAAAUGCCAGAACAUUACACAUUAGAGCAACCAGAAAUUGCCAAAGCUAUGUGUAAUUUGUUACAUGUGAUAAUUGAACCAUUAUACAGAAAAAAUUGUAGAUUAGCACCAAAAAUCAAUGGACGUCCAGUAUCACCACUGCAAAAUAAAUUAGCACCAAAACCUGUUGAAACAUUUGUAGAGAUGCGUGAUGUUGCAAUUCCAAUGCUUGUAAUAUUGGGACCAUCACUACAUUAUGAUGCAACACUGAUGUAUAAAAUUAUACGUAUAUCAAAAGCAGCGUUAACACAAAAUUGUAACAUGAAUAUAACUAAUUCAGCAACAUCUUCUGGUGGUGGUGGAGGUGGUCCAGUUAUAAAUAAGCCAGUACCAUCUGAUGAUAAUUUAUAUUACGAUAUUUUAAGUAUUUUUGAUUCUGCUAUUUUACCAUCAUUAUCUUAUAUGGAUUGUAAUUGUUGCAUCGCGGAGGAAAUAUGGAACGUUUUAAAAUUGUAUCCAUAUCAAUACAGAUAUUGCUUAUAUGGUCGAUGGAAAAAUGAUACAAACCAACAAUAUCCAGAAUUAUUGAAACGUCGUGGCGAUGCACAAAAACGUAUUAAAAAUAUAAUGAAACGUGUUAGUAAAGAAACAAUAAAACCAGUUGGUCGUCAUAUUGGAAAAUUAACACAUUGUGCACCUGGGUUUCUAUUUGAUUAUGUGUUAUUACAAAUUCAAAUAUAUGAUAAUCUUAUCAAUCCUGUCGUCGAUUCUUUGAAAUAUUUAACAAAUUUAUCAUACGAUGUGCUAGGUUAUUGUUUAAUUGAAGCAUUAGCACAAGUACAUAAAGAUCGAUUCAAGGAUGAUAGUACAUCGAUAUCUUCAUGGCUACAAAGUUUAGCAUCAUUUUGUGGUGCUAUUUUUAAAAAGUACAAUAUUGAAUUGAGUGGUUUGUUGCAAUUUGUUGCAAAUCAAUUGAAAGCUCAAAAAAGUCUUGAUUUACUAAUAUUAAAAGAAAUUGUUCAAAAAAUGGCUGGUAUUGAAGCUGCUGAGGAGUUAACACCUGAACAGGUAGAUGCAAUGGCUGGAGGCGAAAUACUGAAGGGCGAGGCGGGUCAAUUUAGUCAAAUACGAAAUACAAAAAAAUCGUCACAGCGUUUAAAAGAAGCAAUGGCUGAACAAAAUUUAGCAGUAACAUUAUGUUUAUUGAUUGCUCAACAAAAAUUCUGUGUUGUUUAUCGUGAGACUGAUAAUAGUCCAUUAAAAUUAGUUGGUAAACUUUAUGAUCAAUGUCAAGAUACUUUAGUACAAUUUGGAACUUUUCUUGGCUCAACCAUGUCAAUGGACGAAUAUUCUGAAAGACUACCGUCUAUACAAAGCAUGUUACAAGAUUAUCAUAUUCACACCGAUGUUGCAUUCUUUUUAGCACGACCCAUGUUUACUCAUGCUAUUAAUAUAAAAUAUGAUCAAUUAAGGAAAGCUGAUCCAAAUUGUAAAAAAAUGUCGUCGACUUUAAAACAACAAAAAUAUUAUGAAGCUGUUCAAGAAGUGAUGGCACCAGUGAUAUUAUCCGUUCAACCUUUACAUUCUUCAAAAGUCUGGGAAGAUAUUUCACCACAAUUUCUUGUUACUUUUUGGUCGUUAACAAUGUUUGACUUGUACGUUCCAACUGAUAGUUAUCAACGUGAAAUCAAUAAACUUAAAAAUUUAUCUCAACAAGCAUUAGAUUCCAAAGAUAUGGCUGCUGGCAAAGGUAAAAAAGAACAGGAAAGAUACAUAGCUAUCAUGGAAAAAAUGCAAGAUGAAAAGAAAAAACAGCAAGAACAUGUCGAUAAAGUAUUAUACCGUUUAAAACAAGAAAAGGAUACUUGGUUUUUAUCGCGUUCAGCAAAAGCUGCAAAAAAUGAAACAAUUACACAAUUUUUACAGUUAUGUUUAUUUCCACGAUGUAUAUUUACAGCUGUUGAUGCUGUAUAUUGUGCUAAAUUCGUUCAUACUAUACAUUUAUUAAAAGCAGCUAAUUUUUCCACAUUGUUGUGUUAUGACCGAUUAUUUUGUGAUAUUACAUAUUCUGUAACAUCUUGUACAGAAAAUGAAGCAAAUCGUUAUGGUCGAUUUUUAUGUGCAAUGUUAGAGACAGUUAUGCGUUGGCAUUCAAAAAAAUCUGUAUUUGAAGAAGAAUGUGCUGGAUAUCCUGGCUUUGUUACUAAAUUUCGUGUCAGUAAUCAAUUCUCAGAAGCAUCUGAUCAUGUUGGUUACGAAAAUUAUCGACACGUAUGUCAUAAAUGGCAUUACAAAAUGGCAAAAGCGAUUAUUAUAUGUUUAGAAUCAAAGGAUUAUGUACAAAUACGCAAUUCAUUGAUCAUUCUUAUAAAAAUUUUACCACAUUUUCCGGUUCUUGCAAAAUUAAGUGGUAUUCUAGAAAAACGUAUAGAAAAAGUACGUGAAGAGGAGAAAGGACAACGACAAGAUUUAUUUAUAUUGGCUACAAGUUAUAUUGGACAAUUAAAAGCAAAAUCUUCGUCUAUGAUGCGUGAAGCGGAAUUUCAUUCUGUAUCAGAUAAACCACAAAAGAAAGUUGAAGAAACAUCAUCAAAUGUAGAUAGCACAUCAGAACACAAUGUUAAAGUAUUAAAUGGUGAUAAAGUAGUUGGUGAAAAAGAUAAAAGUGGAUCUGAAAAAUUAAGAGAAAAUUCAAGUACAAAAGAAAGGCAUGAAAAACGAUCAAUACAAAGAAAAGGUUCACCAUCAUUAUUAAAUAUAACAUCACAACCAAAGUCAGAAAAAAAUUACGUUGAAGAAUCACCAAGUGAAAAAAUCAAAGACAAGUCAAGUAAGGAUAAAGAACAAGAACAUAGAGAAAAACAAUUACGAAAAGAAGAACGACGUGAAGAAAUUGAAAGAGAAAAAGAAAAGCGUAGAGAACGGAGGGAAGAAAAAUUAAAUCAAAAAGAAGAACGUCAACAUAGAGAAGAUCGAUAUAUAGAUAUGGUUAGUCCAAAAGAAGAAGAGAGUUCAAGAUAUACUUCUGGUGAUGAUCAAUAUUAUUACAUGAUGUCCUCGAAUGGUGGAAGUAUUCCAAGUGGAUCAUCUCACAGACGCAGCCAAGAAAUGAUCGAACCUGAUCCUAGAGAUGUGAAAAGACGGAAAAUGGAGGGAAAUUCUUCGAAGAAUCAAAAACAUGAAGAUCGUGAACGCAGAGGUGGCAGUACGAGUUUAACAUUAUCACAAAACAGCAGUAGCGAGUAUAUAUCACCAUCAUCGGCUGUUGAACGAACUGAAAAAUCCGAAAAAAAAGAACGCUCUUCAAAAUCAAAAGAUAAACGAGAAAAACAAACGGAUGAAGAAAAAGAACUACGCCGGGAACGAAAACUUGGGCGAAAAAGAGAUCGAGCAGUUGAGGAAGCUUUACUACAAGCAGAACAAAAGCGAAGAAAGGAUGAAGAAAAAGCUGCUAAAUUAUCCAGUCAUCAAAAUGGAGACUUAAUUGAAGCGCCACACAUACGAGAAAAACAUCAUCAUAGUCGAAGUCAGGAAAAAUCACCUUACAGUCGUGAAAGAGAUCGAUCACAUGAUCGAAUUGAUACAAGAGAUAAACAAUAUCCGUUUUACAGUCGAAGUCAAAAGCACGACAGUAGGCGUCAUCAUUAAUACAAAUGCAUAAUUUAAUUACUUUAGAAUUAUUAAUUUUAUUUUUUUUAAUU